AAGGAAUCAGUGGGAUAAGAGGUUAGAAGAAGAAGGUGGAGGGAAUCAGUGGGAUAAGAGGUUAGAAAGGUGGGAUGGGGAUGAAUUAUGGUGGCCAGGAGUCCAGAUUUUAUUCAGUGGGCGUUGUGGAACCGUGGAGGGAUUUUCUGCAAGGUCAGGAGCCAUUUGGGGAGAUUAAUCUGGCCAAGAAUGUGCAGGGUGGAGAAUAUGCUUCUGUUACAGAAGGUGGACCCUGGACAUCGUCUCGCUCCUUGUGGAACACGCUGGCUUAGUCGCUGCAGUUAGGUGGGGCACGGGCCCUACUGUUUGAAAUUCCUUUGGGGAAGUCUUAGGGGAGACCAAGGAAAUCUCACCUCAUACUUUUCCUCCUAACAUAAACUAUCUAUUUCUUCUCACGGUAGCUCUGCUAAGUUGCUGUUAAGAUCUCUGUUUAGUGAUGAGGAAACUGUGGCUUGGAGAAGUUAAAGGUUGUGAGUGGGGAAAAACACACCUUUUGAGGUCUGUGGAGCUCAAAAAUGAAGUCAAAGGUGACUGGGUGACACAAACAGCUCAGGGCACCAUGCCGGUGGAAAGGAUGCGCAUGCGCCCGUGGCUGGAGGAGCAGAUAAACUCCAACACGAUCCCAGGGCUCAAGUGGCUUAACAAGGAAAAGAAGAUUUUUCAGAUCCCCUGGAUGCAUGCGGCUAGACAUGGGUGGGAUGUGGAAAAAGAUGCACCACUCUUUAGAAACUGGGCAAUCCAUACAGGAAAGCAUCAACCAGGAGUAGAUAAACCUGAUCCCAAAACAUGGAAGGCGAAUUUCAGAUGCGCCAUGAAUUCCUUGCCUGAUAUUGAAGAAGUCAAGGAUAAAAGCAUAAAGAAAGGAAACAACGCCUUCAGGGUCUACCGAAUGCUGCCCCUGUCGGAGCGGCCUUCUAAGAAAGGAAAGAAACCAAAGACAGAAAAAGAAGACAAAGUUAAGCACAUCAAGCAAGAACCAGUUGAGUCAUCUCUGGGGCUUAGUAAUGGAGUAAGUGAUCUUUCUCCUGAGUAUGCGGUCCUGACUUCAACUAUAAAAAAUGAAGUGGAUAGUACGGUGAACAUCAUAGUUGUAGGACAGUCCCAUCUGGACAGCAACAUUGAGGAUCAAGAGAUUGUCACCAAUCCGCCAGACAUUUGCCAAGUUGUAGAGGUGACCACUGAGAGCGAUGAGCAGCCGGUCAGCAUGAGCGAGCUCUACCCUCUGCAGAUCUCCCCUGUGUCUUCCUAUGCAGAAAGCGAAACGACUGAUAGUGUGCCCAGCGAUGAAGAGAGUGCUGAGGGGCGGCCACACUGGCGGAAGAGGAAUAUUGAAGGCAAACAGUACCUCAGCAACAUGGGGACUCGGGGCUCCUACCUGCUGCCUGGCAUGGCGUCCUUCGUCACUUCCAACAAACCGGACCUCCAGGUCACCAUCAAAGAGGAGAGCAAUCCGGUGCCUUACAACAGCUCCUGGCCCCCUUUUCAAGACCUCCCCCUUUCUUCCUCCAUGACCCCAGCACCCAGCAGCAGUCGGCCAGACCGGGAGACCCGGGCCAGCGUCAUCAAGAAAACAUCGGAUAUCACCCAGGCCCGCGUCAAGAGCUGUUAAGCCUCUGACUCUCCCCGGUGGUUGUUGGGGCUUCUUGGCUUUGUUUUGUUGUUUGUUUGUAUUUUAUUUUUUUCUCUCUGACACCUGUUUUAGACAAAUCUAAGGGAAAAAGCCUUGACAAUAGAACAUUGAUUGCUGUGUCCAACUCCAGUACUGGAGCUUCUCUUUAACUCAGGACUCCAGCCCAUUGGUAGACGUGUGUUUCUAGAGCCUGCUGGAUCUCCCAGGGCUACUCGCUCAAGUUCAAGGACCAACAAGGGCAGUGGAGGUGCUGCAUUGCCUGCGGUCAAGGCCAGCAAGGUGGAGUGGAUGCCUCAGAACGGACGAGAUAAUGUGAACUAGCUGGAAUUUUUUAUUCUUGUGAAUAUGUACAUAGGCAGCACUAGCGACAUUGCAGUCUGCUUCUGCACCUUAUCUUAAAGCACUUACAGAUAGGCCUUCUUGUGAUCUUGCUCUAUCUCACAGCACACUCAGCACCACCUUCUCUGCCCAUUCCCCAGCCUCUCUUCCUAUCCCAUCCCGUCCGGUCCCAUCCCAUCCCACCCCUUCCCACUCUUUUCCUACUUUUCCUUCCCUCAAAGCUUCCAUUCCACAUCCGGAGGAGAAGAAGGAAAUGAAUUUCUCUACAGAUGUCCCAUUUUAAGACUGCUUUAAAAAAAAAAAUCCUUCUAAUCUGCUAUGCUUGAAUGCCACGCGGUACAAAGGAAAAAGUAUCAUGGAAAUAUUAUGCAAAUUCCCAGAUUUGAAGACAAAAAUACUCUAAUUCUAACCAGAGCAAGCUUUUUUAUUUUUUAUACAGGGGAAUAUUUUAUUCAAGGUAAAAUUCUAAAUAAAAUAUAAUUGUUUUUUAUCUUUUCUACAGCAAAUUUAUAAUUUUAAGAUUCCUUUUCUUGUUUAUCAGCAGUUGUUAUUACAUCCUUGUGGCACAUUUUUUUUUUUAAUUUUGUAAAGGUGAAAAAAGCUUUUAUGAGCUCAUGUAGCAAUCAGAUUAUCCUGUGGAUUGAUAAUAAAUGAAUAUGAUAUAUAGUUAAAUUUUUAA